AACGCGAGGCAAAAGAGGAACGAACGUCGGCUCUCUUCUCACCACUUGUCCAAUUUCAUUGCGUUUGCGAUUAUUUUCUACUGAAAUCAAACAAAACCAACGCAUUGUAACUUAAUUAACCAACAACUGUGAUCGCCAACAUCGGAAAUAGCAAACGCAAAGCACGAGCGGAAUUGCCAACAUUUCACAAAACUAGGCCGCGAGCAAACCCUCCCUAUUGCUCACCAACCAUACCUCCCGUGCUUUAGCUUCAUAUAAAAUUCUGUGAACCAAGUGCUCUUCGCAACAGCAGCCGCCACAAAGUGCAAAUUUCGUCGAUUUCGGACAAUCAAGCGAAUCUAACCACUCAAAAGCAAUACCUAGUGCAUUAGAAACGUCCCCAAGUAGGCGGUACACCAGCAGCAGGGGCCUUCAAAAUUCGCAAAGAGAAAAUUAUUGAAAACUGCUGAGACUCCGUAGUGCAUUACGAGUAUCAGCAAGAACCGAAAGCAAGUGUUGAUAGCUUGAGAGGACCCUAGCAAUGGUCAUGGAUGCGACCCAAUCGCAGCAGCCUUCGCCCCAGUCGGUGGGUCGCGAGUUCGUGCGUCAGUACUACACGCUGCUGAACAAGGCACCCAACCACUUGCACCGCUUCUACAACAACCAAUCGUCGUACAUCCACGGCGACUCGAAGCUGGUGAUUGGCCAACGCGACAUCCACAAUCGCAUUCAGCAGCUGAACUUCAAUGAUUGCCACGCCAAGAUCAGCCAGGUGGACGCGCAGGCAACGCUGGGCAACGGCGUCGUGGUCCAGGUGACUGGAGAGCUCUCCAACGACGGCCAGCCAAUGCGCCGCUUCACUCAAACCUUCGUGCUGGCCGCUCAGUCCCCUAAGAAGUACUAUGUACAUAACGACAUCUUCCGCUACCAGGAUCUGUACAUCGAGGACGAGCAGGAUGGCGAAUCGCGGUCGGAGAACGACGAAGAGCACGAUGUGCAGGUGCAGGUGGGCACAGUUGUGGAUCAGUCCGUACAGGUUGUAGGAGACGUGGCCCAGCCGGCACCGCAACAGCUUCCUGCCCAGGCUCAGGUGGUGGUGGCCCAGCAGCAGCAGGUCGCUACCGGAGCUGCCGGUGGUGCUGCGCCGCAGCAAAUCAUCUACCUACCGGUUGGUGCCGCCGUUGGACGUACUCAUGCUGUCUUGCCACCUGCUCCACAGGCGGCCGCCGUUCCUCUGCCGGCGCAGUUUGCAGCUCAGCAACAGCCCGUUCAGAACGGAGUUGUGUCGCACGAGGAGCUGCAGCAACAACAGGCUCCACCCCAGGCCUUAGUGGCGCCCAGUGUCUCGCCGCUGGUGCAGCAGCAGCCGAAUGUGGCAGCAGUCUUGCCUUCGACAGUGGGCAUCGUGCCAGUGCAGUCCACGAGCUUCCAGCAGUCGCCACUGGUGGCUCCUCAGCUCAUUCAGCAGCAGCAGGCGGCACAGCUGCCGCCACAGCAGUCCAUUCAGCAGCAGCCUCUGCAGUCGCUGGUUGAGCCCGAAGAGCCUAUUAACACGCCCAUUGUCAGCCAGAGCAUUAACGAGAUUCCAGCUCGUCAGCAGCAGAAGCCUCCUACACCCGUAGAGGAUUUCAAGACGAUUCACGAGCAGCAGCAGCAGGAGAAGUACGAGGCGGCCAAGCAGCAGCAGAACGAGCCCAAGACGUACGCCAAUCUGUUCAAGUCCAGCUCCUCUUCGCCAAGCGGCUUCGUCAACGCUGUGCUGCAGCAACAGCAGCAGCUACAGCAGCAGCAACAGCAGCAGCAGUCGAUCAGCAACACAUACACGUCCUCGUCCGCAGGUGUCGGCAGUGGAAACGGUCAAGUGAGCUACUCGACCACAGCUUCCUCGUAUAACAAUACCAAUGGAAACUCGCGUCUGGACAACGGCGGACCACUACCACAGCGUAAUAACUCGAUCAGGAACAACAAUAACAACAACAACAACAAGGGUGGUGACUUUGAGCAGCGUCGUCCGAGCAAUGCUCAGCAGUUCGGUGACAAUCAGCAGCUGUUCUUGGGCAACAUACCGCAUCACGCCAGCGAGGAGGAGCUGCGCGAACUCUUCUCGCGCUUUGGAAAUGUGCUGGAGUUGCGCGUUCUGUCCAAGGCUGGCAACAAAGUGCCACCGGGCAUGCGCAGUCCGCUGAACUAUGGUUUUCUCACCUAUGACGAUCCCGAGGCUGUCCAAAAGUGUCUGUCCAACUGCCCCCUUUACUUCCCUGAAAAUUCACCUGAUGGCCAAAAGCUCAACGUGGAGGAGAAGAAACCUCGUCUGCGUAAUGAUAUGGGACCCCGUCAACCCAUCGGCGGCAAUAGCCUCAAUAGCAACAUGGGUGGACGUCUGGGUGGUAAUAAUGGACCACAAUCGCGACCAAUGGGCAAUAACAACAAUGGCACUGGUGGCAUGAUGCGCAACAAUGCCGGCGGCGGCGGCGGUGGCAACAACUUGCGCACUGGCGGUGGUAAUGGAGCUCCGCGUCUGGGUGGUGGAGGCUUUGGUCCACGGAACGAUAACCGCAGCGGCGGUGGUAGCAAUCAGUCCAACGGACCGCUGCGCGGUGCCGGCAAUGGACAGUCUGGUGGUGGUGGCGGCGGCGCUGGCGGCAACUACGGACGUCGUUAAGACAGUGCCCAACCUGGAGCAGACGGCAGAAACACCAACAAACAACAACCACAAGAACCCAACGUUUAGAACAUCGACUACUUCCACAAAGCAAUCAAAUGAAACAUUCAGCGUCGCAUAAAUACACACAAAAACACAAAAAACCAAACCAAACACGCAGGCAUACACACCACAACACAACACACAGAGACGGCCUGUAGUCGGAGUAAGAGAAAAGAGUUUAAAAUCUAAGAGAAGGGCCACAACAACUUGCUUGAGGCGUAUGCGUUAAGCUGCACAAGUGAAAUGACACAAGCUUCGGGGCCUUAGUCCUUAGCCUUAGUUCAAUUGGGUCUGAGCCCGCUUAUCAGCCAGUUCGUGCCAAAAACAAAAACAAAAC